CCACCUGUUCCUUCUACAUCAAGGACAGACUUUUCAGAAUUUUCUGUUAGGGAGCGAAUGAGAGAGAAACUAAAAGCAGCAAGGUCAAAAGCAGAAAUUAAUUUAUUGCAAUCCGACUCCAGUCCACGACCAAGGCAUUUGAAAAGCAUCAGAGAAAGGAAAACAAAAGUCAGAGUGGAUAAAGCGUCUGAUAAUGAUAAAUUUCCGGAGAUGCAAGAGGAUGAAUCCCACUUACAAUCAAAAAUAAAGUUCUGUGAUUCUGUAAAAAAGCUUAAUCAAAAGUCAACAUUCCAGAAUGACCUUCCUUCCGCUGAAGAAGCAUAUAAUUUCUUUACCUUCAAUUUUGAUCCUGAACCAGAGAGUGUAAAGGCUGGAGCCAGGAAAAGGAAUGAAUUAAAUGAAGAAGAGGAGGCAGAAGAAGAAUGUGUACAGACCCAUGAGGAUGAACAAGAGGAGGAUGAAACGGAUGAAGACGUAUGCCUAGUUAAAGAAGAUGAUUUAUUCAUUAUAGGACAGAGAGAUGAAGAUGUUCUAGUAAUGAAACCUCCUGAUUGUGAAAGCUACUCUGAGCAACUAAAAAAGGAAAAAGAAUUUCUCUUCAUUCCCAGCAUGCGAGCAGUGCCCACUUCUGAGAAGAUGCCUGGAAGCAUGCAGCCUAGGUACCUUGAGGACGAGGGUCUUUACACAGGAGAAAGGCCCUUUGUAUCACAGUCUAAUCAAAAUAUUGUAGAAAACAGAAUACUCAGACAGGAGCAAUCUUCUACUAGGCCUGCAAUAUUCUCAUUGGAAGAAGGCAUUGCACCAGAACUUGAAACAGUGUAUAGAAAGGCAAUAAAAAUGACAGCUGCCAAUCAGUAUCUUGUUGGACCUGGAGAUUUUCAGGGGCCAUUUCAAUUGGAUAUUGAUAUUUCUGGACUGAUAUUCACCCAUCAUCCAUGUUUUAGCCGUGAGCAUGUGUUAGCAGCUAAAUUAGCUCAAUUAUAUGAUCAGUAUUUAGCAAGAAGACAAAAGAAUCUUACCAAACUUCUCACAGACAAGGUAUUUCUGUUCCAUCAUCAUAGGUUAUUUCCUGGUUCUGUGGCACAACAGAGCAUACCUGAAUACAAAAUUGAGAUCAGGCAAACCAGAAGACUUCGUGAUGCUGAACAAGAAAAAGACAGAAUGUUGCUUAAGACCAUUAUAAAAGUUUGGAAACAAAUUAAAUCCCUCCGUGACUUUCAGAAGUUUACUAACACACCCAUGAAACUUUAUUUGAGGAAGGAAGAGGUUGAUCAGAGGUUAGAUGAAAAAGCAUACGAAGCAGAAAUUCAGGCUGAGAUAAAUGAAUUACUAGAAGAAUAUAUGGAAGAAUAUGGAAAGAAAAUGGAGGAGUAUAAAAUGGAGCUACAAGAGUGGAAAUCCUGGAAGAAGGCACAGAAGUCCAAGAAGAAAAAGAAGAAAAAAGACAUUAAUGAAGAAGAAUCAGUAGAAGAUUGUGAUCUUGGUGAGGAACGUGUAAAACCCAUCCCACCUAAAAUGGCCAAUAGCCUGGAAAUAGAGCAGCAGGUUAGAGAAAAAGCUGACAACUGCAGAAGGAAACCUGGAGAGCCUGCUCUAGUUCCUGAACUGGUCCUCUCAGGAAGCAUAACUCCAACUGAGCUGUGUCCUCGAGCAGAAGUUUUGCGACGAGAAGAUGUGAAGAAACGCUCAGCAUUUAUAAAAGUCCUUUUCAACUCCAAAGAAGUAUCAAGGACUGUUACCCGACCAAUAAGUUCAGAUUUCAGAGUUCACUUCGGACAGAUUUUCAAUUUACAAAUAUUCAAUUGGCCAGAGAGUUUAAAAUUACAGAUAUACGAAACAAUGGGUAUGAGCAGUACCACCUUGUUGGCUGAAGUGUUCAUACCUGUUCCUGAGACUACAAUUCUGACAGGCAGUGCUCCUAUGGAGGAAGUAGAGUUCAGUAGCAAUCAGCGUGUGAUGUUGGACCAUGAAGGAGUUGGGAGUGGUGUGUCCUUUUCAUUUGAAGCUGAUGGUAGCAACAAAAUGACUUUAAUGACCUCUGGGAAAGUAUCCAAUAGUGUUUCUUGGGCAGUUGGAGAAAAAGGAAUCCCCUUAAUACCUCCAGUAUCUCAGCAAAACACAGGCAUUCCAAGUGCUUUAAAAAAUAUUGAUGCUAUUGCAUCCAUUGGCACAUCGGGCUUAACUGACAUGAAGAAACUAGCUAAGUGGGCAGCGGAAGCAAAACUUGAUCCAAAUGACCCAAACAAUGCAGCACUGAUGCAGUUGAUCAUGGUUGCCACAAGUGGAGAGGCACGCGUUCCCGAUUACUUCAGAUUGGAACAGUUGCAGCAAGAAUUUAAUUUUGUUUCUGAUGAGGAAUUUAAUAGAUCAAAGAGAUUCCGACUCUUGCAGCUCAGAAAUGGAGAGGUGGCAGAGUUCCGAAACUAUAAGCCAGUCCCUUUACAUGAACGAGAAAUCAGUGAGAAAAUUUUCCAGGACUAUGAGAAGAGACUGCAAGAGAGGGAUGUAACUGACAGCAAAAAUUACCUAGAUGCACACAGAGCAGUUGUUGCCAACUAUCUACAGAAGGUUCGAGAAUCAGUAAUAAACCGUUUCCUCAUAGCAAAGCACCAUUUCCUUCUCUCUGACCUUGUCAAUGAAGAGGAAAUUCCCAGCCUGGGUAUUUUGGGAGUCAGCCUCUUUAAACUGACAGAGCCAAAACGACCAUUGAAGCCAAGAAGAAAAGAAAGGAAGAAGGUCACAGCACAGAAUUUAUCAGAUGGAGACAUAAAACUGUUAGUGAACAUCAUUAGAGCGUAUGAUAUCCCAGUGAGAAAACCAGUGAUGAGCAAACUCCAACAACCAUCCAAAUCUUCAAGGUCCUUUAAUGAGAUGUUUGCAGCCUCUCCGUCAGCUCAGAGCCCAACUGAUAGCCCAGACUGGGCAUUCAACCAGGUUUUAGUCCGUCCUUUUGUAGAAGUUUCUUUUCAGCGAACAGUCUGCCGGACAACAACAGCAGAGGGUCCAAACCCCAACUGGAAUGAGGAACUUCAGCUUCCAUUUAGAGCUCCUAAUGGUGACUACAGCACCCACAGUUUGCAGUCAGUGAAGGAUGAAGUCUUCAUUAAUGUUUUUGAUGAAGUACUUCAUGACGCUAUAGAGGAUGAUCAUGAAAGAGGAAGUGGAAUCCACACUCGUGUUGAGAGACACUGGCUGGGAUGUGUUAAGAUUCCAUUUACUACGGUAUAUUUUCAAGCAAGGAUUGAUGGUACAUUUAAGGUGGAUAUUCCUCCAGUCCUCCUUGGCUACAGCAAAGAAAAGAACCUGGGAAUCGAGAGAGGUUAUGAUUCUGUGCGAAAUCUGAGCGAGGGCUCGUAUAUAACACUGUUCAUUACCAUUGAACCACAGCUCAUUCCUGGAGAGUCAGUCAGAGAAAAGUUUGAUACCCAGGAAGAUGAGAAAUUGCUCCAGGCAGCGGAAAAGUAUGAAGCUGAGUGUACAUCAAAGUUUCCAAGCCGCCAAUGCCUAACAACUGUAAUUGACCUCAAUGGGAAAACAGUUUUUAUUACCAGAUAUAUCAAACCUCUGAAUCCACCACAGGAGCUUCUUGAUGCCGUCCCAAAUAGUUCUCAAACAGCGGCAGAAUUGGUGGCUCGUUAUGUCUCUUUGAUUCCUUUUUUGCCAGAUAGUGUGUCAUUUGCUGGUAUUUGUGAUUUAUGGAGCACAUCAGAUCAAUUUCUUUAUCUUCUGGCGGGAGAUGAGGAAGAACAUGCCGUGCUCUUGUGUAAUUAUUUUCUUAGUAUGGGGAAAAAAGCCUGGCUUAUCAUUGGAAAUGCUAUUCCUGAGGGACCAACGGCCUAUGUAUUAACUUUGGAACAAAGUCAGUAUGUAAUUUGGAAUCCCAGCACUGGAUGUUUUUAUGGGCAGUAUGAUACCUUCUGCCCCUUACAAAAUGUGCAUUGUCUGAUCAGCUCUGAUAAUGUCUGGUUUAAUAUGCAAGAAUAUGAUUCCCCAGCAAGGAUAAAAUUUGAUGUCGGCAAACCAAAACUGUGGAAGUCUUUCUUUUCAAGAAGCUUGCCAUACCCUGGUCUCAGCAGCAUUCAGCCUGAAGAAUUAAUUUAUCAGCAUUCGGACAAGGCUGCCGCGGUGGAACUACAGAGCAGGAUUGAAAAAAUAUUAAAAGAUAAGAUCAUGGAAUGGAGACCAAGGCACCUAACUCGUUGGAACAGAUACUGUACCUCCACGCUGCGUAACUUUCUGCCGCUGCUGGAACAAAACCAAGGCAAAGAUGUAGAAGACGACCAUCAGGCAGAGCUACAAAAACAGCUUGGAGAUUACAGGGUCUCUGGAUUUCCUAUGCAUAUGCCAUUUUCUGAAGUCACACCUUUAAUAGAAGCUGUACACAGCACAGGAGUUCAUACCAUUGACGUUUCCAAUGUUGAAUUUGCUCUAGCAGUGUAUGUUCAUGCUUAUCCCCAGAAUGUUCUCUCUGUAUGGGUUUAUGUUGCUUCACUUGUUCGAAAUAGGUAGUAUAGACCAGCCACGGUACCUCAAGAAAUUUGCUCACGUAGGGGUAAAUAACAUAUUUCUCACACUGCUGAUUUGAGCACUCAAGUGUUUUAAAAAUAGAGUGAGAACCUGAUCUUUAGUAGCUGCAAACACACAAGCUUUACUCACCCUGCAACCACUGAAGCCGCUUGUUGCCGCUAAGGAAGAGACCAACAGCUUAAAAUUCCAGUACUAAUAGAUGAUUUUUAGAUAUUCUAUAGCUCCCAGUGGGACAUGACACUCUUAAAAGCCUUACACAUGCCCACACCUAGUGACAUUGGGGAGCAGAACAGUAGUUUGGCUGCCUUAUUUUCAGGUGAAACUCUGUUCCUGGAAUCAUGCCUUGAAAACUAUGGUUUUUAGCUAGGCACUUUGUUAUUUUAUCUACAGCCCUUCUUCCUCUUCAGAGAGACCGUCACUCACUUACACUACAAAUAGUUACAGUUUCCCGGUGAAGACUGGGGCUAUUCACUCAGUAAUACAUUUAAUGCACCAAAGAGCAUCAGUGAAGGCCAUGCUUCAGUUUUUAAGCAGCUGCUUCUUCUGCUACUUCACACUUAGUGUCUGUAUAAUGCCAGCGCCAUUUAGAGGUGCAAGAUGACAUUUUCUUUCAAAAUUAAAGACAAAGUAUUUUAAUAAAUAUUUCUACUGAAACCAAAGUGGAAACUCAUUCAUUUUAUAUAAAAACUUGAAUAAAUUACUUUGGAGUAUGAGGUCCUUAUCUGCAAGUUACCCUAGUAACUGAUUACCAAAAGAAUAGUUCACCCCAAAUCAGAUUUGCUUAUUCAUGUGUAAGUCAAUGCUGAUAUAAGUAUGCACCCUUUUCCUGCAUGUACUUUGCUAAUUAAACUUUUCCAAGCAAAAGGGAUGGUGGGUUGAGCUAGGGAGGAUGUUCAUCAGAACAUAUCAAAGUUAAGACCGUUCCUGAGCUUAAUUCCAGACUAGACUGAGUCCAUCUAAUAAACGCUUGACACAAAACCCCUGGUUUAGAGCCUGUGGUUGCCGCCACAGGUUCCCUCUAUAAGCCUCCAGCAGAAAGGAGUAGCCACGCUGUCAUCACCUGGUGCUUUGCUGAACAACACCAAUGAUGACAUCUCCCAGGUUCAGUCCAACUCCCCUUCAGAGAAGGGUGAAGAAGAGACGUGAAGCAAGUGAACAGAACUUUCCGCAGCCGAUUCAGCCCUCCGCUGUGUCCCUACCAACCUGCGCAGACACCACCCGCUACCAGCAGGGAGGGCACAUCCCAGCGUCAGGAACAGCGUUCUGGAAAAAGGAGAGAUGCCAGAAAGCCCACCCCGUACCCUACUACUCUCCUCUUGCCUCAGCGGGCAUUGCCCAAAUGGCCACACGUCUAUUCUGACCUUUGGGUGCUGAAGGAAAGGCAGUGCAGCUUACUUGAAGCGACAGCUGCAGGAAUAACAGCAUCCCUUUACACCCCCCGCAGGCUUCUAACCGGGCACUGUGCGGUCUGCCCCGGCCCCGUUCAGCCGCUCACCGCGCAGUGCCAACGCUGCACCAACGCGACCCCCACCUGUGUUUUUCUUGCCUUCCUACUCUUCAGCAUUAGCAGGAGCAAGACGGUGUCAAAACUUGCAGUUUGUCGUCAUCUCCAGCUGCGCCUGCACGCUGACUUCCCCGACACCAAGAAUCACCGUGACUGCUGUCCUAAAUAAAUACUACUCAAAAGGUUUUAUCUGAUUGGUAAAACUGGUGAAAAAUUACUCAUUCGAUACAUUGGCAGCCUUCA